CAUUUCCGGGAGAAGCCUAUCGAGUCUGAACGUACGGUGUCCAUGAGGCUCUUGCUUUCAGGGCCCGUGGCCGUGAUCCGGGGAAGCCGAAUAUGAAGAUCACAAGGCAGAAGCACGCCAAGAAGCAUCUGGGGUUUUUCCGUAACAAUUUCGGAGUCCGCGAGCCGUACCAGAUCCUGCUCGACGGCACUUUCUGUCAAGCCGCACUGCGGGGCCGCAUCCAGCUGAGGGAGCAGCUGCCUCGUUACCUCAUGGGGGAAACCCAGCUGUGCACGACCAGGUGUGUGUUAAAGGAGUUAGAGACGCUGGGCAAAGAUGUAUAUGGGGCAAAGGUGAUUGCACAAAAAUGCCAGGUCCGAAAUUGUCCCCACUUCAAGAAUGCGGUAAGUGGGUCGGAGUGCCUGCUUUCCAUGAUCGAAGACGGAAACCCCCAUCAUUAUUUUGUAGCGACACAGGAUCAGAAUUUGUCUUUGAGAGUAAAGAAAAAGCCUGGUGUUCCUCUCAUGUUUAUUAUUCAGAACACCAUAGUCUUGGACAAACCUUCUCCCAAAACAAUUGCCUUUGUUAAAGCUGUAGAGUCAGGUCAGCUUGUCUCAGUGCACGAGAAACAAAGUAUUAAACAACUCAAAGAAGAACAGGGUUUAGGAAAAAGCCCUGAACAGAGAAGACGAAAAAAGCGUAAGAAAAUAAGUGGCCCCAAUCCUCUUAGCUGUUUGAAGAAAAAGAAAAAAGCACAGGCUACAAAUUCAUCUACCUCUGAAAAGAAAAGGAAAAGGAAAAGAAUCCGAAAUAGAUCUACUUCAAAAGUACUUUCAGAAAAACAGAGUGCAGAAGGACAAUGAAACCUAGAGAUACUUGAAAGACAUCCAGAUGUGAUUGGAAUUGUGAAAAUAUUUACAAUAAAGUACUAAAUUAAUUUUUGUAAA